AUGCCUUCAGGACAAGGAGCGGGUACAAACCCCAUCCACAACAAGCAGAAGAAGAAGAAGGCCGUCGAGCUCGACGAAGAUGAUGUCGCAUACAAGGCGAAGCUCGCUGCUGGUGCGUACCCCCCUUAUCCUACUACCGGAAGCGUGGAGCGCCACAGGCUGCGAAAGAAGAAGCAGCGUGAGGAACUAGCCAAGACCGUCGGCAAGGGCAAAGGUCCCCUCAACACCGGCUCGCAGGGAAUCAAGAAGUCGGGCAAGAAAUAA